AUGCCACCUAUCACUCCGGAAGGAAGAAAGCGUCGCCUCAAUAGCGAGGACAGGAGCAAGCCUACCAAAACAGUCGCAUACGUGCUCAACCACCGACUGCCCACAGCCGCGGCGGCGCGCUCGAAGUAUCGUCCAGUGUCGAUACACCAUCAGAGGUCCCAGGCUGCAUACGGAUUCUUCACCGACCAUGUAGCCUGCGACGAUGUUAUCGCCAAAGACUUCAUGCAGGCCAGCACCUUCAAUACGUACCUCAAGUCUGAGCUUCGCCGGCACCCACCAGGGAGUAUGGCCAUCAUCUACCUACAUACUCAGAAGGCUGGCCUCAACGGCAAAGAAUGGGGAUUGUCAGUAUAUUCUGAAUAUCGCGCUAUUUGACCUUGCUGACCUGUCCUGACAGCUUCUUGGAUGGGCUUACGCUCGAGCGCGUCAUUCUAUACGAUUCGGUCCAAAUCAUGAUUGAAUCUGGAAUUCACUGUGUAUUUCUUUUUGACGGAUACAUUCCGGAGCGUUUCAAAGAUGCAUGGAAGUCAAAAGAUUGCGACAGCCAUGUCGAAAUCAUCGCUAGAGGCGAAAUGAUGCAAAUGACUGACGAGAGCCGGAUGGAAGAUGACAAGGGUGACUUCUCUACCUGCCUGUUCGAGGAUCUCGACACCUUCGUGACCGAAAUCGAUACCACCUAUUCGAGAUAUCACAAACCACUCUCAAUUGCGGAAUUGCUCAGCAGGAAUCCGAAUAUGUCUUGCAAUAUACGCCGCAAAUGGGUCGACCGCGACAGAAGCCGCUACCAUGGCUGCAAGAUCGUGGAGCGCGCGCUCAUGCUACCCGACGAGAUUCGAGAACUCGGUAAGAUCCAAUUCUAUAGCGUGAGGAUCCAAGGACCGACGAAGAAUCGAAAAAUUCUUGGGCCUCAGGCGGAAGGCCGUCCCCAGAAGGAGGAUCGCGAGGCUUCUGCAAAUGUCGAGGACGAAGCUAUCUUCAUGGAAGAAGAAGAAAUCGUGCCUGGACGCAGUACUGUGGACUCAGCCAAGGAGGACGACUGCGAUGAUUCCCUUCUUUGA